AUAUUUUGGGAAAGUUUACUUUCUACAUCUCAUGGAAGCUGUAUUUGAAGAGUAUGCUGCCUUUGAGAAAAAAGUGAAACGAAGCGUCUAUAUUGACAAUCUUUCACCUUUGGCUAAGGAGUCUGUUAUCAAAGCUGCACUUGAUCAGUUCGAAAAUGUAAUUCAAGUCACGUUAAUUCGAACCUACCUUGAACUAAAAGGGAUGGGACGAGCUGCUUUAGUUGAGAUGCAGAAUGCAGAUGAGGCAAAAAUAAUCAUCUCUGAGAUACGAAAUUCCCCUUUCAUGAUCUCGAGCAUGCCAAGACCUGUUAGGGCACGUCCUGCUGUAGUUGAGAUGUUUGAUGAUCGCCCAAGGAAACCUGAUAGGACGAUAAUGUGCUACUGGUUGAAAUCCAAUGAACCUGAUUUUGAAGUGGCCACGAAGAUGAAGCGUACAGUUAGGAAACAUGCAAAAGAAGCCAAUUUCUUGCUCAAGGGUCAAUUAGAGGAGGAAGAACAACUAGCAAAAGAGCAGUCAGAGUCCUUGAACGCAAUCUACAAUAAGUAUGAACUCGUUCAGCAUGUCUUUAACAGUGGAACUGCUACGCGAUUGGCAAAGCAUUAUAAAAUGCGUACUGAUGUUCGCCAGUAAUCAACAUUCUCAUCUAUAAACUUGUAGAGAUAUAAAGAUUCAACUGUUAAACCAAAUGACAUAUUUGCCUUUUGUUAAGUACUUCAUUUCCAGGCAGCACAAGGGCCUUUAUAUGUGCUAUCAUUCAU